AUUGAAAUAUAGAAACUGUGGAGGAAACGAGAGCAUUUGGAUCAGAGGAAUUAUUUCGAGGGUUGAUUACAUGGCACUUCUACUUCCUCUGUUCAAAGUUCAAACAGUCCGAAGUCCAAACGACCAAACCCUCGACCUGAGAUGGCGGCAUCGCUCUCCAAGCACCUCCGCCUCCGCCUGCGCGGCGGCGGCGAGCACUGCCUCCUCCCCUCCCGCGCCUCCACUUCCCACACCUCAUCACCAGCACCUCCCCCUCCAUCGCGUCCUCCCGCUGCGGCCGCGCCGCCGCCCCCAGGGGCAGCCAAGGAGGCCAGCGCGUGGUCCAAACUUUUCCUCUUCGCUCCCGGCGCUAUCACCUUCGGCCUCGGCACAUGGCAGCUCUUCCGGAGGCAGGAGAAGGACACGGAGGCUGGAGAUGGAACCCGUGGUGUGGAACGAGGCCGCCUCAUCCGCUGCCCUUCGUGAUCCGGCAGCACUGGAGUUCCGAAAAAUUGUGUGUGAAGGUGACUUCGAUGAGGAGAAGUCAGUGUUUGUCGGACCUCGCUCUCGGAGCAUCUCGGGUGUGACGGAGAAUGGGUAUUAUGUCAUCACUCCAUUGAUUCCUAGGUCGACUGAGUCUGGCAGCUUGCAGUCACCUAUCCUUGUGAAUAGAGGAUGGGUUCCUCGUGGAUGGCGUGAUAAAAAUGUUAAGGAUCUUCAGAUCCUCGAUGAAGCUUCAGAGUCCCCAGAAGCUGUUGAAAAGCCAGACGAAAAAGGUUCAUGGUGGAAGUUUUGGUCUAACAAGCCUAAAUUGUCUCCUGAGAUUGAAAAACCUAGGAUACCACCUAUAAGAGUAAUUGGAGUAAUCCGAGGAAGUGAGAAGCCAAGCAUAUUUGUUCCAGCUAAUGAGCCCAGUAGUGGCCAGUGGUUCUAUGUGGAUGUUCCCAUGAUUGCUCGUGCUUGUGGACUUCCUGAGAAUACUGUUUAUAUAGAGGAUAUAAAUGAAGAUAUAUCUCCAACAAACCCUUAUCCUGUUCCAAAAGAUGUCAACACCUUGAUUCGUCACUCAGUGAUGCCAGAUGACCAUCUUAAAUACACGUUUACAUGGUACACUCUUUCUGCUGCUGUGACUUAUAUGGCUUCCAAGCGGAUAAAAGCAAAGAAGGUCAGGAUGUAGCAGGGAAGGAGUCCAAACUUCCAUACGGACGUCCAUUUGCGCAUGGUUUCUGUCGCUGCUCGGGAAGAUGGCCAAGCUACUGGUUCUUUCGUCUCUAUAACAUUGCACUUUUUUGUUCCAAGGUGUUGUACAUUGACUGUCGGCAUCUGAGAGUAGAGCUCAGAGAUACAGCAAUUUUGUUAGCCUGAUUUCUGAUGAUUAGAACUUGGAAGGCCUGUAAGGCUGUGGUUUCCUUGUAGUAAUAUUUUGGCGGGGAGCUUUUAGCUGCUUGUUCUUUUAGCAUAUUCAUGUUGACUGCUCCACCCGAGAAAUUGAUGUUCUGUCGCAGGCUCGUGUCGAGGACACCAGCCCAAAACAGAGUUUGUGCCCUGAUUAUUCAUCUCGUGAUGGGCUGAUGGUGCUUGCACCGGCAGCUCUGUUCUACUAGUUGCCAUAAUAAUAUAUGAAAACUGACAUCUGAA